AGACCCAAGAUGGACUGGAGUAGACAAAGAAGUUCUUAAGAAACUGGAUUUUGUGAAACACGAUGACGGCCAGUUUUUCAUGAAAUUAUCCCAUUUCAAGAGAUAUUUCGUAAUGAUAUGUGUGGCUUCUCCUGUUCCUGACUUUGGAGACUCUUUCAAGACAACUCCCUUAAACACGUACGUUCUCUGCAACUCAUGGAAAUCCGGACGUAGUGCUGGAGGAAGCAAUUUAGAAGACGAAGAAUUCCUCAAAAAUCCUCAGUACACUCUCAUUGUGCCAAAACCAGGUUUCAUGGCAGUUACGAGAACAUCGAAUGGGGCCUUCCCUGUGAAGCGUUGUUGUCUCUCACGGGGUACCUUGCUCAAGAUGAGU